AUGGCGUCAAAGCAACUAAGCCGCGAAGAGCUUGAUGAGAAGGCCAAGCAAGGAGAGACCGUCGUACCAGGUGGCACCGGCGGCAAAAGCCUCGAAGCUCAAGAGCAUCUCGCUGAAGGAAGGAGCAAGGGAGGGCAGACGAGGAAGGAGCAGCUAGGGCAUGAAGGGUACCAAGAGAUGGGACACAAAGGAGGAGAGACGAGGAAGGAGCAGCUAGGGCACGAGGGUUAUCAGGAGAUGGGACAUAAAGGUGGGGAGACGAGGAAGGAGCAGUUAGGAACUGAAGGUUAUCAGGAGAUGGGACACAGAGGAGGAGAGACGAGGAAGGAGCAGCUAGGACACGAGGGCUAUCAGGAGAUGGGACACAAAGGAGGAGAGACGAGGAAGCAGCAGCUAGGACACGAGGGCUAUCAGGAGAUGGGGCACAAAGGAGGAGAGGCGAGGAAGGAGCAGUUAGGAACCGAAGGUUAUAAGGAGAUGGGACGUAAGGGAGGACUCAGCACGAAGGACAAAUCUGGUGGAGAGCGUGCGGAGGAGGAAGGGAUUGAAAUCGAUGAAUCUAAGUUCACCAAAGGCUGA